AUGAACUACAUCGAAUACGGCAUCAGCCGUAUCUUCGCGAGCGCCAAGGGCCGCGAUGCGCGCCUCUUCACCAAGGGACCUGCCUUCGCCCAGGUCCCCAAUCCUACUCUCACACUUGACUGCAUCGAAGUUGGUCCGUCCGGAUCAAAGAUGCACGACGAUCUAUCCGCCGAAGGUGCCGGUCGUUUCCCCACUCUGAGCUGGCCUGCGGCAACCUCCGAUAUCAAAGAGUACCUGCUCAUCAGUGAGGACCCGGAUGCGCCUUUGCCCUCGCCAAUUAUUCACGGCAUCUACUACGGUAUCCCUGCAACUGCGACGGGUGUGAGCAACGUGGACUUUGAGGCCGCUGAGGGCGAAUACAUGCUCAAGGGUGGUUUCCAGUAUGGCAAGAAUCGACGGGGCACUGUGUACAUUCCACCACGUCCAUUGUUGGGUCAUGGUCCGCAUCGGUACUUCUUUACACUGAUUGCACUCAGUCAGCCUGUCGACGCGGCGAAUUUGAGUCCCCUCCCGACCGCCGAGGAGAUGGCCAAGGAGAUCGAGGGAAAGGUACUGGGCUGGGGUGAAUGGGUUGGCUCGUAUGAGCGGAAGUGGGAGUGA